CAACGACAAUAAAAAAAAUAGGCCCCAAACAAUUUGCAAAAACAGCACCCACUUUCUAUCUACUUCUUUUUCUAAUUCAAAAUAAAGCUUUCAAACAAAAACCAAAUCAGAUUCUCUUAAAAAAGAAAACAUAGCUGCUUAAUAGUGAAGAAUAAGUUAAUAAUGAGCGGAGCAAUAAUUGUGGAUGAGAAAUUCUGCUUCAAAGUGGAAACAGAGCUUACAGUACACAAGACGUCUGUUUUCUUUCCCGGAGAUGCCUUCCUUGUCUAUAAUUCCGAUGGCCAAAUCGUUUUCCGGUUUGAUUCUUACGGUUCUGAUUCCGAGUCUAAGGAUGAACUCGUUCUCAUGGAUGCUACCGGCAAAUGUCUCCUCUCCCUCCUUCGUAAGAAGCCAAGUCUUCAUCAACGGUGGGACGGGUAUCUAGGUGAGAUUAAAGAAGACAAUCAUCAAGACCCAGUGUUUAAAGCAUCAAGAUCAAGCAUCAUCGGACGGUCAAAUUUAAUGGUGCAUGUAUUUGGCGAUCCAGGUGAUGAGUACCAAAUAGAAGGCAGUUACGCCAGGCGACGCUGCGUAAUGUACAAUACAUCUUUGGAUUCUUUAUCAAAAGAUUGUGUGGCUGAGAUUAAAAGAAAAGUUGACCCUACAACUAAUGUGAUGCUAAGCAAGGAUGUAUUUUGGCUUUGUGUUAAACCAGGGGUUGAUUCUGCUUUUGCAAUGGGAUUAGUUCUGGUGCUUGAUCAGAUCUACGGUGAUAAUGAUGAUUCUGAUCAGCCAGAUGUAGAUCUUACCUCAGAGGACGUUUCUUCUUCUACUUGAUUUCUAGUUCUUUCAUGUAAUUUUGCAUUGCUUUACUUGAAAUUUUAUUUAUUUAUUUUAUUGUGAGUGUCAUUGUUUUUAGAGAUAAAUAUUGAUAAAUCCCCUCAUAUUAAGUUGUAAUUUUAAAAAAAGAAACUUACUAAUUGUUUUUUCUCA